AUGGCAAGAAAUAAUUUUAGUGGCACAAUUCCAAAUAGUCUAGGAGAUUUAGCAUCCCUUGUGACCUUGGAUUUAUCAUCAAACAAUCUCACUGGUCUAAUUUCUAUGAGUCUAGAAAAGCUUAAGCCCGAGAUGUUCAUAGCCAAAAAACCAAUAGAUGAAAUGUUCAAAGAAGGAUUAAACAUGAACAAUUUUGAGAAGAAAUUACUGAAUGUUGUUGAUCAAAGGCUUAUUAACCAUUAUGAAUAUUCAACACAAAAUUUCAGCAGCGAUAGUCAUAGCGGUGGAUCAGGCGACAUCAGCUAUAGUGAUCGUAGCAACACAUACAAAGCUGAGGAGUGCAUAGCUGCUGCAAUGAGAAUCGGCUUGUCAUGUGUAGCACAUCAUCCCAAAGAUACACUAGCCACGCGAGAAGCCUUAUCCAAAUUACUGAUUAUUGUUGGUGUCAUUCCUGCGGUUAAUCUGUAA